AUGAAGAUUGUUCCAGGGGAGUCUGGUGAUGAACUCAAUCGACAGUUCGGCCAGGGCGAGGCGUGGAGUGGUCAGGAGAUUGGACCGCGGAACCUCGUCGAGGGUGGACUGGACUGGGGGGGGCCUGAUGGAGACGAUGGUGCUGGGGAACAGCUCCCUGUUGGUCUCUCGGCCGACAGGGUCGUGGGACCCCUGAAGCGUCUGGGAUACUGCAUCCUACCGAAGGCUGGGAUGGCUAGGCACCUUGUCUGCAUACCGAUGGGGCCGCUCUGUAUGGACGAGGCCGGAGUGCGGAAGAGAGGCUUGCGACAGGACUCGUACAAGUGUGACGGACAAGGCUACAAACAUGUGCGAGCCAUGCAACCGCAUUUAAGCGUGAUGCAACCUGCAGCUGCUGCAAGAGCGUGCGAUGCGAUGCCUGAGCUGCAGGAACGCGACCUCCGCGGCGCUGAAGACGGCGUGUCUCGUUUUGGCCGUGCAGCUGAAGAUGAAGAUCCCAAGACGCUGGAGCUAAGGCCGAUCGAUAAAUGGGCGAUGGAUUCUGGCGAUGGCCGUUGUGAGGGCGGUGCGGCACCCGCGACAGCAAACACUGACGAGGAGAAAUUCCACGUUGUUGAAGGAUUUGUGCUUGUCCUGUUCGGGCACUUGAAUCUGCAUCAGGACUAUCUGUACCUGCACCUGUACCGUACCAGCCGGGGAAAUACAGCGAGCCCCGUCCACGCGUCGGAGAGGCCAGACGGCAAGGAUCUGCGUGGCGCUACUGAGCAGUGGCCCAAUCCGAAGCGUCGGGUCGGCGAUGCAGGAGCACUGAGCAAACUCUUACCCUGGGCGAAGGGGGAACAAAUCGGUGUGCAGUACGGAGUACCUGUACCUGUGCCUGUCUUGUGCGGCGUCGUAUCGAAUGUGCUAGUGACGUACGAGCCCACGAGAACGGCGAUAACAAUCCAGCAACACAACAUCAAAUUGAUGCAAUCUGGUCGCAAGCACCGAUACGGCCAACUAGCUCUUACCAAGCAGGGGCCGCUGUCGAAUCGAGAGGCUGCCCUACGAGUACCGCACCAGCACCAGCACCAGCACCAGCACCAGCACCAGACGGACAGGACAGGACAGGACAUGGCAUCCAAUGGGUGGGGGCGACAGACACGAAAAAAAAACUCGCUCGAGAUUGCCUGCCAGGGACGCCCAUGUCACGCCUUGCCUAGCUCUCGAGCAUCAAGAAACAACAAAGGCGACGGUGCCAGGACUCGCUCGCCCCCCGCCAAAACGCUCUUGAUCAGCAGGGAUUGGCUCUCCGGGCCGGACAGCAGUCGUGAAACGUCUGGCUCGAGGCCUAGUCUGCUCCUGGCACACGAGCAUGGCCCCCCGUCCGGCCGUGCUCCAACAAGCCCGACACAAGGUCCACGAUGGGCAGCCGUCCUGUCGAAACGGGAAAGCCAGCCACUGUUUGUCAGUUGUGAUCGCUGCUCAGAAAAAGAGGCGACAGGCUCCGGCGUCUCAUUCGGAGCAGCGAGAACCAUCAAGUCCCGGGCCAAUUGCUACUCUACGGGCUCAUACCUGCUCUUAUACGGCUCCGAACUGACGGAUUUUCUCCCACUUCCUGCUCUGGUUUCGUCGGUUACAUACACACUUGUACGAAGCAAAAGGAUGGAGCAUGAAGCCAAGACGGUCAGCGGUCCAUGGACGAGGGAUGGAGCCGUUCCGGGCCAUGGUCCAUGGCCCAGCAUCUCCAUCAUGCCGACGGUUAGUACCUGCAACAGCGGCAUGCCAGUGACCGCUGCCCGAUUGCUUGCGUACGAUAUGAGUACGAGUAGGUACUCGUACUUGUCGCAGACUCAGAGCAAAAGCCCGUGCGUGCUCGUGGCGGCCCAAGCUGCCGGAAGGAUGCCGUUCUAUAUUUGCUCUGUGGCUGCUGCAGGCACGCUGGAGGCUUCCGACGAUACGAAGAUGGACGCUCGCUUUCGAUACAUCUCGGCACCAGAUUUACGCGUCCACGAUACUACCGUGCCCCGUGGUCUCGUUCCGGAGGAGGAGGGCAACACAAAGCAAUGA